GGUUAAAAGAACGCACUUACUCUUUAUGGGGUUACUUGUCCAAUCAUCUUUCGGAAUUUUUAAAUCCCUUAUACAAACGGGAUUCGGAACUGAAGGGACCGAUGAGACCCUGUCUGGCUCCUCAGGCCAUGAAAUUUUGGAGAGGAAUGUAUAACAGGUUUGAAAACGGUGUUCAUCCCAGAGAACCAUUGAGUGACAUGCUAGUGGCCACCAAAGAUCACAUCACCAGUCUCGAAGAUCACAUACAGUUUUUACAGAAGCGAUUCAAUCAACUGAAAGAGAUGCUGGGACAGCCCCCCACCCCUUCCGGAGACAUGCCUUCGGUCGACGGCGAGCUUCUGGACGAAGUCGACAGUUUUGUCAUGGUCACCACGCCCCAAUUAAAUUCCGGAGGUACUUCGAGUAUUCAAAGUAGUCAAAGCAGUGCACAAGAUUCCGGAUAUAGCGACUUGGAAAUACAGGAAAUGCUACAGGACGGAAGUAAACAUUGCGCAUUUCUUUUUGUCAGCAUGUUCUAUAUGCAAAGAAGAAAAAUUCCUUCGCGUUCUAAUAUUAAACGUAGAGAAGAGGAACUCGGUAUUACGGGGUCGGAUGACACUCAAAUUGGGCAAUUACAAAACACAAAACCAUCAAUGAUUUUAAGACGGCACUGCGGAAAAUGGUGGGAACGGGUGGAUUUAGGGAGAACACGCUCGAGGAUGAAAAGCCGCGAGAACCGGGCACUUCAUGUGUUUCGUCUAAAUGAUGUAAAUAUUAAUUAUGGUCCAGAAAAAUAACAAGAAAUGUAUGGAGUGCCACUCCCCUUCCAAUUCAUAUAUUUUUUUUCUUGAUUUCCGGCUCGUCCUCCUCUUUGUAUCCGUUCGGAGGGUCAAAUUCGCC